AUGUCUGAAUCAUUUAAGACGUCGUAUUUUAAUUAUUUACCCAAUGAAAUGUUAAUAAAAAUACUGAGUAACAUCGACACGUUUACUUUGCUAAGUUUUUGUGAUGUUUACCAGUGUGAUUACUUUUUACAAGAUAGAACUGUUAUCAGAAAAAUCGACUUGUGUAAAAAAUACCAACUGGAAGAUAUAACCCAGAUAUCGAAUAAAAUUGCCUUGGAAUACGUCAGGACGCUCAAUAUUAACGGCUUAUAUUGGAUUCAAGCCGCCAAAUUACGAAAUAUUAUAACAAGUAUGGUGAAUUUAGAAGUUUUGUCUGCCAUCCAAACAAACUUGAGUUUGGUGGAUGCAGAUACUGAGGUUUAUAGUAAAAUUAAAAUCAGAAAAUUGGGAGUAUCGCUUAACUCAAGUGGCAGAAUAAUUUAUCGUAAACUACCAACGGUUGAAACACUUUACAUUAGUAUUAAAGUGACAAAUCUGUUUACUCCUAUUGGUCUCAUGUUCAUUUUUCCGCAACUGAGAAAACUUUGGGUAGAUGUGGAAGAAUUGUCUGGGCGAGAAAUUGUCGAAUACCAUGUACACGAUCAAAGCAAAAGUAAACUUGUUUGUCGAAUAAAUGCUCCAAUUGCGUUUUUUAGUGUUGACCAUUCCUGGCUGACUACAUAUUAUAAUAUCAAGAGACCUCUUCAGCCGUAUAUGAUUUGUUGUGAAAAAUUUAGUGACAAUCAACUGUCCGAAAGUGGUUUUCAAGUUGAAAGUAAGUUGGGAAGUUGGCAGGUGCUAGAUGAAUUCUGUGGGCCCAAACCAUAUGGUCCGAAAGACGCACGUCGUUUAUUUUUGAACGAAUAUACUCUAGACACUAUAUUUUUUGAAGAACUGAAUUUUUAUCAAAGUGCCCCUUUUUGCAACACUAGAUGUAGAGAAGCAGUGGAAGACAUACUUAAGUCUCCUUGUUGCACACGCUUGAAAAAGUUGUGUGUGAUGAUGUGUCUUCUAUUCAAUAAAAAUGCAUCCAUGUUCGUUGACAUUGAAGAUCCUGAUAGUUUUUCAAGAAAAAGAAUAUGUAUAGAAAAACCCGUCUCCACACAUCCUGCUGAAAAUAUUUUCAAAAAUUUUCUGCGUUUAGAACAUUUGGAACUUUAUGUCUGUCACAAAAUUGUCCACCACAGUGCUAUCCAUGGUUAUUCAUUAAUUUCGCUGUUUGAACACCUAGUAACCUUGAUUGUUGAAGUCCCUAUAUCCGUAGAUGGUAGUUUUUUAAUCCAAGUUUUGCAAAAGUGUCAAAACUUACAAAGACUGAAAGUAUUUUCAGUUACUCAGAAUGAAAAAUUAAAUUUCAAUGUACAUAACGCGAUUGCGAGUGCUAAUUCAUUGAAAGACUUUAGAUACGAGAAUCAUCGCAUGCAGCUGGAUAAGUUAAUAAAGAACCUAUGUCUCAUCAAAUCGAAAAAACUGGAACGUUUUGUACUUAUUUGUAAAGAAAUGGACAAGUUUAGUGCGACUCUUUUAAAACAAUUUUUGAAAAUGAAUCCACAGUUGGUAUUUCUGUAUUUUUUAAUAUACAGCUGCACAGAAAAGUCUAGAAGAACGAUUCAAGCGAUUUUGAACACAUAUGAGAAGGAACACCCCUCAAAAGUAUUUAUUGUUUCGAAAGGAGACGAAAUUGGUAGACCGAGUUGCCCUAGAGUUGGUUACUCCAUUCCUGAUGUCCAUUUUCGCGAAAUGAUCAAAUCUGUCAGUAAUGUUGCCAACCCAAAUGUGUUGGACGAGUUUGAGUUCUUUUAAUAAAGUCGUUUUAAAAUAUUUUUAUUUUCAAAAUU